AUGUUUUUGUCUUGUUCUUCCGUGGUGCCUGCCGGCUCAUCAGCGCGCUUUUACAAUGGUCGACUGACUGACGCUCCAUGCGUGAGGGACCAGGCAGCGAUCCCGGCACCUUCGCCAUCAUCGGAGGCGACUGGGCCUCUUGCUCUCCCGCCCCUCGGGCCGUGCUUUCCGCCGUUCCUCCUCGUGGACGUAUCGUCCGGCUCCGAGCGGCGCGCCGGGAGCUCGUACCAGAACCCACGCGAAGCGUCCUUCGUUUCCGCGUUCUUGGCGCGCCUCGUGGCGUCCGGUCUGCGGAGCGGCCGAGGGGUCAAAGCCGGCGGCGGCGGCGGCGGCGACGGCACUGCCUCGGGCGGCGGGCGGGACCGGGAAAAGUCGGGGGUGGUCCGGGUGGGCAUCAUCACACCCUACCGGGGACAGGUGCACUGCAUCCAGCAGGAGCUUAGCGGCGGCGGCGGCGGCCGGCGGCUCAAGGGGGGCGUCGAAGACGGGGGGGUUGAUGCCGAGGUGAGCACGGUGGACGGCUUUCAGGGAAAAGAGGUCGACGUCGUUCUCUUCUCGUGCGUCCGCGCCCCGUCAUCCGGCGGCGGCGGCGGCGGCGGCGGCGGCGGGAUAGGGUUCCUUGCCGAUCAGCGGCGGAUGAACGUGGCGCUCACCCGAGCCAGGUGUUCCCUUAUUAUCCUAGGGAAUGUCGGCCGGCUGUCCUCCGAUGCGACGUGGAACGCGCUCGUCGACCACUCCAAGUCGCGCGAGCGGCUGGAGCCGGAGGUGGUUAAGGCGCGGACGUCCGGCGGUGGGAGCGGUGGGGGCGGCGAUGGGGAAGCAUUGUGCGCGCGAUUGGAAAAGGCCGCCGCCGGGAAGAAAGGGGGACGUGAUCGGAGCGGCGAUCGCCAAGGCACGGGAAGGAACCAAGCGGGUCGCGGAGGAAGGGGCGAGGCAGAUGACGCCGUCGGCUCGCGAGUCGCGGACGGCAGCGACGGGAAGGAGAUCCAAGCGCCGCGGCGCGCUGCAGGCAGCCGCACGGGAGGACACGUCCGUGGAGACGGCAGCGGCGGCAUCAACGUCCCCGACGACCGUGCUGCUGCUGCGGCUGUCCCUCCGGCUGUGACUGACAUCGAGGAGCAUUGCGCCGACAAGCGAGCGAACCCGCAACAUAAGCCGGAGAGCGGCGGCAGCGGUCAGCGACGGAAGCCGUCGUGGCGUGGCGGUGACGAAGUGAGACCAUCCGCGCGGCUCGAAGAGAGCAUGCGAGACCGCCCACCUGUUGAAAAGCACCAGCAGCGCCAUGAAGAAGCCGGAGGGGCGAAGCCGACACCUCGAGGAUCGGCCUGCAAACGGCCGGACGGCGGAGCGGCGAACCGUCCGCAAAAGCGGGCGCGAGUUUACGGCCAGGAAGCCGCAAAGAGAGUGAGCACUCCUGACAGCGGGUUUCUCGGAGGGUUGCUCAGCUCUCUGAGCUCGAACGCGGGCGGAAUCGCCUCGGGGAAAGAGCACGACUUCCGGCAAGGGUUGCGAGGCGGCGAGGAUGACGAACGGAGGCGGGCGGCAGCAGCCCCGCGCCUCGGCGGCGCCCGAGUGACCGAACUUAGCCGCCCGGUAGAGCGCGAGCAAGCUCCGUCUGCCCGUCACUCCUCCCGAGCCGCCGCCGCCGCCGACGCCACCGGCCGCCAAACGCCGGUCGAAAGGGAUGAUCGCGGCGGACGCGGCAGCCACCGCGGCGUAGACUCCACUGAAGUGGUUCCGCCGUCUACACGGACCGAUGCCAGGAACGGUGGACGUGUUGUAGGCACUAGCAGCGCCAGCACCGUUGAUGCAAGGCGUGUGGCCCCCUCGACAGCACGAAGAGACGCUAGCUCCGCCCGCGACUACAGGGUCGGGCGGAACCAGUUCGGUCGGGGGGCAAACCAGCACCUUCAGCCGCCCCCGCAGCCUUCUGAGCAGCGGAAACGGGCUAGACGUGUGGAGCCGGCGGCGGCGACCGGUGCCGAGAGCGGUGGGGCCAGUUCAAGAGCAGGAGUCGGGAAACAAUUACCCGCGUCGCGCAGACCAGGAGCGUCGGGCAGCAGAAGCGGCGGCAAGAGUGUUGGGGCGAAGAAGACGGGGUCAGAAGCGUCCCGUGGUGGCGGGGGCACGAGCGUGCUGGACAUCCUUCAGGGGAUUAGCGACACCUGGGGGGACAGCAGCAAGAAAAAGUGAAUGCCCUGCCCUACACGUCGAUAGGGCCAACAAGAAGUGACUUCGCAGGUGUAUCGUCAGCCAACACCUGCCUGCCGAAGCCUUGGAAUUAUCGGAUAAAAUGGAAUGUUUUGUUGUGGAGUCGACUAAUCCACCAUUACACGGAGGAUCGGGUCGUCUGUGCACGUAUGGUUACUGUAUUUUUAGUUGUCUAUGUUUGGUGGGAGUACAGUACGUUGUUUGUUGUGUCGUGCUUCACCGAAAUCGUUGUCACGUGUAGGUGUCCCCAUUUGCCUUGUAGGACGCUUGUGCGCGUCCCACAGCUUAAGUGAGUUCGAUCAAAGUGAAGUAUUUUGUGCGAGUGUCGAGCCGAAGAAGAAAACGAAAAGAAUAUGGGUUGUCAUCAGAGGACCCCAAAGUACUAGCAUCAAAACUUUGGACUUGCGUCGAGGGUGGAGGCCGAUGUUCUCCGGUGCCCUCAAAAUGAUGAUUGUGUAGCGUGAGUCCCUGUGUGUGUCGGUUGCGUGUUCUGCUUGAGACUAGUACCCGAUUCCCACUGUUGAUGACGAGUGUGCACCUUUUCGUCGUGCUGUUUCAACGAGUCACGACGGUAGGCCACACAGCAGAGAAUCUCGGGAGUGAAGAUAGUAUGAUGUGCCUCGUGCUGUUACUUGGAGUAUCAUGCCGAGAUGACUAGAGCCGAGUGAACGGAAGUGUGGUGUGAAGUGGAAUGCGAAAAAAUGUAGCGUAGGAAGCCAAGGGCAAACUGUGGUGGCUUGGUCUGAUUGGGUUCCGUUAUUUGCACGAGGAGUCCAGACUUAGCGGUUGAUGACAUCGGCCGUAACGAUAUGUAGAUGUUUAGCUCAUGUUGGUUUCGGGCACUAUUGCCCACAAUGCCGUUUCCGUGCUGGUGGUCCUUUCCUUGCAUUCAUGUGGAUUGAGCCGAGUUCUCUGUCGUCUGUGUCGGGAUUAAGAAUUUCCCCCCUUGAGCCU